GGCUAAUUGAAAAAUCGAAAACUGAAGCAGAUACAAUAGUUGCCAACGAACAAUCUACUUCCGAAGAAAUUGAAACUUUGAAAACAGAAAUUGAUCGAUUGAAACAAUUAUAUCAAUCCAAGGAUACUGCACAAUCCACAGAUACUGCACAAUCUUCAAAAUCCUCAGUGGAUAUUACAACUGGUAUACAAUCUAAAAAACAGAUAAGACGAUUUCUACCACCUGGAAUCCCUGCUUAUCCCUCAUUGAAACGAAAAAAGACAGCUACAGCAAAACACUGGGUUACUUUACAAUGAAUCCGGAUUUGAAAAAACAUAGUGCCUAUCUGACGUUACUCACUCAACCAGAAACUACAAAACAGCAACGCACAGCGUUGCUUAAAUCAAUGUCUCUGGGACAGUUGAAAAUCAUAUGUGAAAUCAUACUAAACAUUGGACUGAAAAAUAUAGAUAUGACAGAACAAGAAAAACAACAAUUAUCAUCCUACAAACCGACUUUUGAAUUUCUCUCUGAUAAACAUCGAGGUUGGAACAAGAAAAGACUUAGACUUUUGAAAAAAUCUAGAGUGUGCUACUUUUACUUAAACUAUUUCUUCCAAAAAUUAUAACAAAA